CUCGCAUUCAAGCCAAUAGAUUGGGGAAAAUUGCAAUUAUACACGUGUGGGAAUUCCUUUGUUUUGUGAUAGAUAAUGCAUGAUACAUGUUGAACUGAAAAUCAUUAACCUUAUUGAUUAACAAGCAAUUAUUAAUAAUAAAACGUGAAGGUGGUUUGUCAUGGAAUCCUAUCCAUUAAGUGAUUUAUCCCAUUCUACCUGUAGAUGUGAAGCUAACGGUAUGAAGACGGAUACUGAUUUUAAUACUAAUGACCCCUUCGGAGACCCAAUACCAACUAAAAAUAAAUCAACUUGGAAGAGUGCUUGGAUUGAAUUUACACAAACAACGACCUUUCAUGGAUUACGCUAUAUCUGGCUGGAUCAUUCAUUUCCAAUAAGAAGGAUAUGUUGGUUUUUAUUAGUGUUGGGCUGUGGUGGAUUGCUGGCCUUUCAGCUGGUGGAUCGAAUUAUAUACUAUUAUUCCUGGCCAGUUACAGUUAACGUCCAUGUCAACUUUAAUAAAACAAUGCUCUUCCCUUCUGUCACUCUGUGUAAUCAGAAUGCUUUCAGGUCAACUGCAGCAACAAAGUUAAAUAGAUAUGAACUAAUAGAUCAAAUGUUUACUUCAUCUAAUAACUUCUCUACACAAGCUCUAGAGUAUUAUAACUCUACAAAUAUUACACUAGAUGACUUCUUUCAACAAACAGCUCAUACCAAAGAAGAUCUCAUUAUAAGAUGUGAAUGGCAGAAUGAGCAAUGUGGACCCGACAAUUUUACGGAGAUAUUUACAGAUCACGGUGUGUGUUAUAGCUUUAAUCACCAAUCUCACAAUGCACUUGCUGUCACUUCUACAGGUUCCGAUUAUGGUUUAAAACUAACCUUGAAUGUAGAACAGUAUGAAUACAUGCCAGGACCCCACACCGCAGCUGGUAUUAAAUUAUUAUUCCAUGACCAAAAAGAGUUCCCUAAAGUACAUGAAUUGGGGUUGGCAAUACCAACAGGAGCACACGCUUUUAUAGGCCUGCAGCUUGUAUCGAUAGCCAAUUUACCGAAGCCCCAUGGUGACUGUGCUGAGAACAAAUCGCCAUAUUAUCGGCGGUAUUCGCCCGAUGCCUGUAGACUGACGUGUAUGACGCAAUUUAUGAAUGAAGCUUGUGGAUGUCGUCAUCACUUUAUGCCUAGUAUUGAAGGUGAACCACCGAUCUGUACAUUACAACAGUAUUAUGGAUGUUUCCUACAACAAAUUGGUCAAGUCAAAAACAAGAUACAUACAGAAUGCGAAUGUCCAGUUCCAUGUCAUUUUCUUAUUUUUGACCCAUCUCUAUCCUUUGCUGCUACCUCUACAUAUGCAACGGAUCGUCUACUAGCAGCAACAAGUGGUUCCAACCUCCAGGAACGCUAUGAUGAUGCACGGGAAACGACGAGCAGAAUGGACCAGCUAAAGUUUAAGCGAUUCCAGAAACUAGAGCAAGACGUAAGCUUACAGUUACAAACGUUGAAGCACGUGAUGGUAGACGAAAUCCAGGCUACGAUACAAGAGCAGGAGGAAUUGUUAACUACAGUAUCCAAUGAGACUGGAGAUGUGUUAUAUAUAAAAGACUUUCUGUACAGAUAUCAACAAUAUAUGGUGGUAAAGAACUUUGCGCGAGCACGAGAUGCUAUGGAGGAGCGAACGUUUAAUUUUCUCGCACUGGGUUUCCAGGAGUUCUCUUACCAAAUAGAAACCAAAAUUAGUCAACUAAUGGAUCCAGAGUUUCAGAAUUUUAGCACGCGACAGACUCUGUAUAUAAUGACAAUGAAUCAGCUUAAUGGACGAAUUGACCUUGCUGAUCGAGCUUUUGCAAACUACACUGAUCUUUAUAAUUCCUAUGCCACGGGGAACCCGAUUUUUCGUUACCAAUUUGAAACCGAGUCACGAAAUGAUAACAUAUUUGUAAUUCCGAAACCACUUCUAGAAUAUUCUUUAAACCAUUCAGCCUACGCUGAAACGUAUUCAAAAAGAGUCGGUAAUGAUGUACUCCUGUUUAAAUCCAAAUUACAAAAUCUAUCCGCCAUAUUAGAAGAGGCUUAUCAUAAUAAAACAUUAAAUGAGACGCAACUCCAUGAAGCCUGUGUCCUUUUCUUGCAUUCGGGCCGGAGAUAUUUUCACAGUAAAAGUACGUUUUAUUUUGAAACAAUUGAUUAUCCAAAGCGAAUAAUUACUGAACGAAUCAGCAACCUUUCUGUGCUCAGUAGACAGUACAAGGCAGUUGUUAAUUCAAUGAAACAACAUUUAUCCAGUUUAAAAAAGUCACUUGAAGAAUUAAAGGCAUCGCUAAUUAAACAGUUAGAGCAUGGUUUGGAAAGUGCGUCUGAUUUUAUUAUAUAUGGAAACAUUACAAAAAUGUCGGUGGCUAAGGAAAUGACGUCUAGUAAAAUUUUUAACGGCAUAUCAAACUUAAAAAUGUUCUUCCAAGAUUUAAGGUCACGUGGGCAAAGUGUUUAUGAUGGUUGGUCAUCGCUGGCAGAUGCCACGGCUGCUGUUUGGAACGUGGCUAUCAAUGAUGAUGACAUGUUAGACUAUUUUAAUUAUAAAAAUAUGAGUCUUUUCCUAAGAAAUUUUACUGAUGUAAAAUUUGAAAUAGAACAAAAUUAUACCCGGUAUAGAAUAUUGCACGACUUACUCGCACCUGUGGGCAAUAUUGAAAGUCUGUUUUUAAAAAGUUUAGAGGAUUUGAUGUAUGAAUUACAAAUGUUUAUGGAUGAAGCCAAAAUAGAUUCCAAUUUUAUCAAGGAGAAUUUUCUGCAGUUAGAUAUAUUUUACAGAGAGAAAAGUUAUGAAGAAAUUACGCAACAAAUAGCAUAUGACAAUUUCGCCCUUUUCUGUGAUUUUGGUGGCUCUAUGGGAUUAUUUGUUGGUGCCAGUGUUUUAACUGUGUUCGAACUUCUGGAUUUAAUUAUUCAACAGUGUCUGAAAACUGCCAAAUAAAUUACUUAACGUAGUGAAAAUUGAAAUGUUGAAAUACUGUGAAAAAUGUAACAUACUAAAAAAUGUCAUAGAUCAUCAUCACCGUCAUCAUUUUCAUCCUCAUCAUCUCAUUUUAUAGACAUUAAUCCUAGUAGAAUGGUAUCUACCGGAAGAUGGAACUACUAACAAUGAAUUUUAUUUCAUUUUUUUGUUAUUAAAAGAUGUCACAUGUGUAAUAUCAGAGUGAACAGAGUGGAGGUUGUUUGGAAUGCUAUAGAUUUGUUACUGAGUAAAAAUUUGGACCGCUAUGGCACUUCUAAUUUGUAUUUCCAAUUAAUUUUCUCCAGCAGUAUAAAGAGUAAAUUAGCAUAUGCACAAUACAUAUAAUUAUGAACUGCACAUUGUGAAGAUUUUCUACCUUGGAGGUUUCGUGU